CUUUCAUCUCCUCUCUCAUAUUCUCACAUUUCAUCUCCACCUGUUGCCUUUCUCCUCUCGCCUUGUUCUUUCAUUUCUUCACCUGCUCUUGUCUUUUGACCUCAUAACCUGAUUUUGUCCCACCAAUCGGUUUACCUACCGCCUCUCGCCACACUCCCUCUCCAGUCUCUCUCUCCCCGCUCCUUCCCUCUCUAUUUCCAUCUUUGAGCUUUAUCCCUUCAUCCCUUAUCUCCUUCAUCCCCUCCAAUCCUCAUCUGUUCUUCACUGUGGAGGAAGGGAGAGAGAAAGAGAGAGUUUUUCACAAGUAAGCUGCUAGCAGUCUGCCGGGGGAGAGCGUCGGAGGAGCCAGCGAGCAGGUUGUGCGACCGGGGAUUGUGGAAUCUAAUAGAGCUCCAAAGGAAGCGCAGAGUAUCUGGAAGCAGGAGCUGCACAGGUGCAGGAGAAGCGAAGGGACCACCUUGUCUGUGGAAAAAAUUGACGCUUUCCUUUUCCGUCAGUAACAUCCUCCUGCAAACGUCACCAUGGCAGCCGAGAAAGCUGAAAUGGAUGCAUUGAAAAAGGAGUGCGAUGGCCUCCGUGCACAGAUUGAGACGGCCCGCAAGGCUGUGAACGACACCACCAUGUCAGGAGCAGCAGGGGGCGUGGCCUCUGUGGGCCGGGUCCAGCUGAAGCUCAGGAAGACGCUCAAGGGUCACCUGGCUAAAAUCUAUUCCUUGCAUUGGUCAGCUGACUCCAGGCAAAUGGUCAGUGCAUCACAGGAUGGAAAGCUGCUGAUCUGGGACACCUUCACAGGAAACAAGUUGGUUGCUGUGCCGCUAAAGUCCGCCUGGGUGAUGAGCGUCGCCUUCGCCCCCUCUGGUAACCUGGUGGCCAGCGGUGGUCUGGACAACAUGUGCACAGUGUACAACAUCAAGUCUACCAGCCCCAAGACCCUCAGGGAGCUGGACGCACACACAGGGUAUCUGUCCUGCUCCCGUUUCCUCAGCGACACUGAGAUCCUGACAGCCUCUGGUGACACCACCUGCUGCCUGUGGGAUCUGGAGACUGGAAAGCAGAAGGUCAUCUUCACCAACCACAUCGGAGACUGCAUGUCUCUGGCUCUCUCUAGUGACAUGAACACCUUCAUCUCCGGAGCCUGCGACUCUCUGGCCAAGCUGUGGGACCUGAGGGAAGGGGUCUGCAAGCAGACCUUCUCUGGACACACCAGUGACAUCAACGCCAUUUCUUACUACCCCAAUGGACACACCAUCAUCACAGGCUCCGACGACUGCAGCUGCAAGAUGUACGACCUGCGUUCAGACCAGGAGGUGAUCACCUACCAGGACACCAGCCUGAACGCCGGAGUAACGUCUUUGGCCCUCUCCAACUCAGGCCGGCUCAUCUUUGCUGGAUAUGAUGACUUCAACUGCCACAUCUGGGACUCACUGAAGGGAGAGAAAGUCGGUGUGCUGUCCGGCCACGACAACAGGGUGAGCUGCACCGGCGUCCCUGAAGACGGCAUGGGCGUCUGCACAGGAUCCUGGGACAGCUUCCUCAAACUGUGGAACUGAGGCGUGCCCCGUGCAGAGGAGAACACCAGGAGGAGGAAGAGGAGGAGGAGGAGAGGAAGAUGAGGGGGGAAAAAAAGGGGGGUGGUGGUGAAGAUAUGAUAAGGAGAAAAGGAUGGGGAAAUAACGAUGAGGUUGGAGGAUGAUGAUGCCGCCGCCGCCCAAGGUCUUCCCCUCUUCCUCUCUCCCUCCGCUCUUCUUCCUCAGUCUUGUAUGCAAAUAAUGAGAGGCUGCGAGUGAGUCACGUUGUGUAAAUGGCAUCAGGUAAACGGUGCACGAUGCAUCCCGCUGUAAUGUGCAAGAGAGUUUUAUUGUUGUCCAGACGAUUUUAAACGCUGAAAAAAAAAAAAUAAAAGCAUAAAAAAAUAGCGCAUUAUUCAAACUGAGCAGAAAAAAAGAAGCUCUUACUGAGAAUGUCAAUUUAACACGAAUAGAUUUUUGACACUAAAAAGAGAAAGAACACGUGAAUAUUGAAAAUAAGACUGUAGGUUUACAGAUUUAUUUUUAUUGUCUUUGAGAUCUUUGACCUGUAAAAGAGCCCUGCACUUAUUUAGAUGAAAGAUCCAUAUGUACAUUUAUUUAUAUUUUAUAGUUAAACACUUUAGCGUGGAGAGUUGAUGUACAGUGUCUUUAUUUUUCUUUUUUUUUCCUUUUUGGGGGGCGGGGGGGGGGGGGGCUGCACGUAUCCAGAGUAUAUGUGUAUUUAUGGUAGAGCUUCCAUUCUGGCUCCUCUGCAGACUAACAACCAGCAGACUUUGAUCCAAGAUGGCCGCCGUCGUUUCCACCACCCGGUCUGACCAUGACAAUCCGGUGACCCAGUACCCAGACUAGAGAGGUUAAGAAGUUAAAGCCGGCGCUCUGACCCGUUACAAACACUCUGUAAAGACCUGUAAACUGUAUCUUACUCCCCUGGGUUCAGCUGCAUUUUGUAGUACUUUUACACUUGUGCAGUUCCUCUGUAAAAAGACCGAAUGUUUGUUGAAAACCUUUCUAAUAAACAUAGACUUCUGCAUUAACACCA